ACUAGGAAUCAAGAUGUCGGCCACAAAGGCUGUUCAAGGUCUUAAACACGCAAAACCUCUGUUAUCCGUUGACAGAACCGAAGCUAAGCGCCGAGUAAUAAACCUAUAUAAGUCUUGGUACCGUCAGGUCCCAAGUAUCUGCAAUGAUUAUCACAUUGAGAAACAACCAAAGGAAUUGAGGACUGCUCUACGGCAUCAGUUUGAAAAGAAUCGCCAUGUAAAUGACAUCAGAGUUAUAGACAUGCUUAUUAUUAAAGGCCAACUUGAUCUACAGGAGACGAAGGAGAUUUGGCGAGGGUCGGGGCAGGUGUUGGACUACUUACGCGAAUCUAUCGACCCAAAGCCCUCAGACUUCAUGGGGAAGUUUUAUGAUGGACAACAACCAUAGACUGGCACUUUCUCCUUAGAUUAUAUAAAUAAAUUAUUUUAUAGUGCAUAGUGCUUGUUUUGUUGGCAACUGUUUGUCUUUUCAUUGGAUUUGAAGUGGAAAAAAUAUAAACAGCAAUUUUAAAUGGGUAAUUACUGACCAUUUAUAAUACGGAAGUGUUCUUAGGAAUUAGUGUUAAGCUUCAACUUUGAAGAUUCAUUCGCAAUCUUACAGUGAACUUGAAAGUUACAAAGUUUUACAUCAGUUAAAAUCAGAAAUGACAGAUUAUGUAUGGUAUUACCCCCUUUUUGAACAAGUAGAUAAACUCAGAAAUACAAUGUACAUGAAUAAUGCUCUCUAUUAAUUUGUUGUCAUUGUUGAAAGGUAAAAUAAAUUGCAAAAAUAUUAA